UCCUACCGUCAACAACUGGAUUCCAGCUAUGUGUAUUUUCGUGAACUAGCACUGCUAACCUGCUUGUGAUGAUUCGCUGCCUACGUAGAAAAAACGAACUAAACCUUUAUUUUUGUUCCUUUGGAAAAAAAACCCCACCCUCUCUGUCGACAGCUCGUGCCGAUGUUCGGCCAAUGCAAGCUAAAGGGCCGACGAGAGCGGAGACAUCGACGUGCAUACCGUCCUCUAGCCAUCUCUGAUUCCAGCUAACACAGCUACCACCUUACCGGGGGAGAUAACGCUAGCUGGCUGGCUGACAGCUGGUUGGGUUAGCUGCGUGCCUUUCACUGUAGCAGAGCUGAGAUUUUUUUCGCAGAAACAAUGACUCGUCUCUGACAUUGCGAGGACUGAGGCCCAUUUGGUUGUAACAUUGGAGUUAAUCGGAGCCCAUAACUAGCAAGGUGGAUCUUUGCUGACUCUCCGUUGGUGCCAUAGAAGAUAAGCGAGGAAGUCAAAAGUCAGCUUGCCGAUGCCCGCUGAUUGUGAUCCCGCAGAGUUGCCAAUAUGAUGCCGAUGAUAUUGACGGUGUACCUCAGUGACGGGGAGCAGGCCGUGACUGAGGUGCCCAUCACCCCUGAAACAACGUGCCGCGAUGUCGUCGAGUUCUGUAAAGAGCCCGGCGAGAGCGGCUGCCAUCUGGCCGAGGUGUGGAGAGGCAAUGAGCGAGCAAUCCCCUUUGAGCACAUGAUGUAUGAACACAUGCAGAAAUGGGGACCUCGGAAGCAAGAAGUCAAAUUCUUCCUCCGGCACGAAGAUUCACCAACUGAGAGCAGCGAUCAAGGGAGUCAGCAGUCUCAGGAGCAAAUGAGUCGCAGAAGUGGAAAUACUGGAGACAAGCACAAUGAGAAUGGGGUGGGCAGCCAGCGUGUGGAGCUCACGCUGUCGGAGCUGCAGGAGAUGGCCACACGGCAGCAGCAGCAAAUCGAGGCUCAGCAGCAGAUGCUCGUUGCAAAGGAGCAACGUCUGCGUUACCUGAAGCAGCAGGAGCGACGUCAGCAGCAAAGCGUUUCAGAGAGCGAGAAGCUGCAGAGGCUGAAGGAACGUGUAGAGAGCCAGGAGGCCAAGCUCAAGAAGAUUCGCGCAAUGAGAGGCCAGGUGGACUACAGCAAGGUCAUCAAUGGCAACCUGUCGGCUGAGAUCGAGCAGGUUAGCAGCCUGUUCCAGGAGAAGCAGGCGGAGUUGCAGGCAGCUGUGCUGAGGGUGGAGCAGCUUAGCCUGCAGCUAGAGGACCUGCGGAGGGGAAAGCUGAAUGGCAUACAGACGUCCCUGGGUGGCCAAGUAACCGGUGCUGCAGCGCUGGAGCUCCGCAAACUGUACCAGGAGCUUCAGAUUCGAAACAAGUUGAAUCAGGAGCAAAACAGCAAGCUGCAGCAACAGAAGGAGCUUCUGAACAAGCGCAAUAUGGAAGUGACGCUUAUGGACAAGCGCAUCAGUGAGCUGAGGGAGCGUCUCUACAAGAAAAAAGCUGAGGCACGUCAAAAAGAGAACCUCCCUCUGAAUAGAGCCAAUGGGCCUCCGUCUCCCCAGCCAGCUCCCGGCACUCUGGGUCGUGUUGCUGCUGUCGGGCCAUAUAUCCAGGUUCCAGUACCGGCUCGACAGGAAGGCGGCUACACCAUACCACCAGAUCCACUGAAGCCACAGACUCUGGGUGUUAAUAACCAAGCCAACCAUGGCCGCACUAAAUCAGACGGUGUGCGAAAGCCUCCCGGCCCUUGGAAAGUGUCUGAUUUAGACAUCGUUGUGGACCCGGUUCCCCCGUCCCUUCCAGAAUCACACCCGGGCCCUGGAGCCUCCACUGGCUCUGACGGCACGUCCCCUAAUGAAACUGGUUGGCCUACUCUAGGCAAGCCCAGUGCAACUCUAAAACCUCCUGAGAGAAGAGACUCAGGGACUGAUACCCAGGGCAAAAGUGCUCCCUCAGGCUCCCCCGGUGCUCCAAGUGCAGAAAAGGUGCUAGACUCCAAAAUGGCCGUGUCCUCCCCAGCCAUCAACAAGCCGCAGCCACCACCAUACGGAUCCCACCUCACCUCCGCAAACUCAGCCAGCUCCUUGGAGCGCCGUAAAGAUGCACCUCCCCCACCUCGCCCACUCCCAAACCCACCAGCUCCCGCUUGGCCCCGCGUGCCCCCCGCCACAGGCUCGUCCUCCCAGCAGAUCCAGCAGCGUAUUUCAGUGCCACCAAGCCCCACCUUCCAGCCUAAUGCACCGCUCUUUCCUUCUGGAAUGAGUGAACGACUGGAUCCUCCGCCAGCUGUGGCAGUGCGUCCCUUCAUCCCAGACAGAGGAUCACGGCCUCAGUCUCCCCGAAAGGGCCCACCUACCGUGAACUCUAGCUCCAUCUAUCACAUGUACCUCCAGCAGUUGGCGCCAAAGAGCCAGCCACUAAAGCCUGCUAUUAAAGCAGUAUACGGGAAGCCUGUUCUCCCCUCCAGCUCGACGCCUCCCUCGCCUCUGUCUUUUGGUCAGUCAGGAGGGGCCUUCCCAUUGCUCCAAGGCCAACCCAGUGGUGAGGACACAUUAGACGGAGAAUAUGACGAUCAUGAGAGCUUCCAGCACCUCGAGCCGUCAGCACCUCCUCCCAGUGUGGAGAACAUACCACGGCCACUCAGCCCAACCAAGCUGACGCCAAUGGUACAUUCCCCGCUGCGCUACCAAAGCGACGCUGACCUCGAAGUGCUCCGUAAAAAGCUGGCCAACGCUCCGAGACCACUGAAGAAGCGCAGCUCCAUCACAGAACCAGAGGGUCCCAGCGGACCCAACAUCCAGAAACUGCUCUACCAGAGAUUCAACACUCUUGCAGGAGGCAUAGAGGGAAAUGGAGUUGGUGGAUCUGGAGGUGGGAGUGGUGCAGGUAAUGGAACACCAUUUUAUCAACCAAGUAAUCCUCCUGGAUACCUAGGAGGUGACCCUCUGGCUGAUACAGACAAUGGGAAUCUCCUCUCAGAAACUCCGCUAGCGCCAACACCAGGCGAAGAGGAGCCGGGCUCUGACGCUCCCCCUGCCACUACUGAUGCUAAUGACAAUGAGCCAGUGGCCUCACCAAAAGGAGGACACAUGGAUCCUGCUGAAGCCGAGGGAUCAGAAGACAACAGCAACAACAACGUGGGAGGCUCAGAAGCGGCGCUGCCCAGCCCUGUGCCGGAGGUCACCACUCCAGAGGAGAGUGGCACAGGGGUCUCACAACCACUGGAGAAGCGAACAAACCUAAAAAAACCAAACUCUGACCGCAUUGGUCAUGGCUUCAGAGUGAAGUUUAACCCUCUGGCUCUCCUGCUGGACGCCUCGUUGGAGGGAGAAUUUGACCUGGUCCAGAGGAUCAUCUAUGAGGUGGAAAAUCCCAGCACUGCCAAUGACGAAGGCAUCACACCCCUGCACAACGCAGUGUGCGCGGGACAUCACCACAUAGUCAAGUUCCUGCUGGAUUUUGGAGUGAACGUCAAUGCUGCUGACAGUGAUGGAUGGACUCCUCUUCACUGUGCAGCCUCCUGCAACAGUGUUCAUCUCUGUAAGUUGUUGGUCGAGUCAGGGGCCGCCAUCUUUGCUAGCACCAUUAGCGAUGUGGAGACUGCUGCGGAUAAAUGCGAGGAAAUGGAAGAGGGCUACCUCCAGUGUUCCCAGUUUCUAUACGGUGUUCAGGAGAAGCUGGGCGUAAUGAACAAGGGGACGGUGUACGCUCUGUGGAAUUAUGAAGCCCAAAAUCCGGACGAGCUGUCGUUCAGUGAGGGGGACGCCAUCACCAUCCUGCGACGACAAGACGACAGCGAAACGGAGUGGUGGUGGGCACGACUCGAGGACAAUGAGGGCUAUGUUCCCCGCAACCUGCUGGGGCUCUAUCCUAGAAUCAAACCUCGUCAGCGCUCCCUGGCAUAGUGUCUCACUCCACUGACCUGUGGCUAACAGCUGGACUACUGACACGACCAAGAGCAGAGAACAACAAAAGAGCCUGGUGCUCUCUCUUCUCCCUGUGGCCAUAACCUCCCCCCUGAGCCUUGUGCUUCUCACAAAAAUCCUUUUUUUUUUUCUUUCUUUCUUUCCUUCUAUGAAGCAGUGGGCACAGAACUCGUGACACAUAUGCUUACAAGCUGCACACACAAACACAAUGAAACACAAGCACUCCGAUGUUUAUUAAAUGACUUCAUCCCACCCACAGCCCUACCCCACCCCCACCUCUCUUCAGCCUGUCGCUCUGAUAUUGUCCCGACUUGGAUUUGAUCCCGUUUCAGUGCCAGCUCUGUAACUGACAUCAAUUUGAAGAAUCAAACACUAAUCCUUGUCUCAGUAUUUCUUGCAGUGUUCACACUUGUUUAGCCAUCUCCCUACUGAGGUCUGUGGUGGCAAUGGUUUACACGACACUAUAUUGAUAACUGGAAGUUCAUCUUUAAGAUUGGGAGAAGUCGCUGAUUUUUUUUUUUUCCAUUUUAUUUUAUUUGUUAAUGUAAUGUAAUAAGAGUUAUUGGACAUGAAGUAUUUUUUUAAGGCUAAUUUGAUCCCUGUGACUAAAACACUAAUGCAGAAAAUAUGUACUUUAAUGAAGGCCUAACCACCAAAGAUGAAAAUGCAUCAACUUUAAAUCUAUUACUCCCUGUGAUCUUGCAGAAUUGUUGAGUGAGAUAAUCAAUUGAUUUGCUGCUAUCAGAAAGGAUUAUUAGUUCUCAGACUUUAGAGUCCUUCGAGACUAUGCUGUAAAUCCUGAGUAUUUUUGUCAGACAGGCCAGUGAAAUUCCAGUGUAUUCAAGAAAAGAUGAAUAUAGAUUUGACAGUUCGCACAUUGCCAUGAAUUGCAUUUCACAAACAUCGUUGCAAGAUGUGAUUUCUUUAUUUAUUUUUCUUCCGUUAGUGUCAUCUGUUCAGAAUGUGGAUGCAGGAUUGUUGCGGAUGUGUGGCGAGAACAUUAAUAAAUUAUAAGUGAGCCUUUGAACAAUAA